AUGGAUUUUAAUUUUUCUAAAACCAAUUCAGAUGAAUCAGGAAACAUUUCCGGGAUUGUUAAUAGUUCAUUAGCUUCGUCUUCCUCUGAUUGCAAAUCAAAAGAAUUUGGUUUAGGAUCAGAGAGCUCCGAAGUCAAGAGCGACUCAGCUGAUAAGGGUGAUUCAUCAGCAAUCAUUACUGACUCAUCGGAUCGUCACGAGUCAGCAGAUUCUACUAGCCAGGAAACCGCGAAUGAUAAAAUGAUUGAUAAAAGAAGUCUUGAAGAACAAGACGAGUUCUUAUCCCGUGUCCUACCUGAUGGACUAAAAAGGAUAAAGGUAAAUCAAAAAGUUCCCCAAAUUCUUGCGUCACCAUUGAGUACAAACGAUGAAGUCGAUUCUCAGCAGAAACUAAAUGCCUCAUCGCCGAACUCUGAGUUUGCUCAAGUCCUUGCAAAUCAAAAUGAUCCCACAUCAAAAAGCGGACACGAAGCUGGAAGCUCGCCGCGGAAAUGUGACAAUGAUCAACGCGUACAACAUAACGAGAAGGAAAAGUUCGAUCUAGAAUCGACAUUCAAACCAAUUGAAGCCAAAAAUAGAAAGUCAUCAUCUUUGGUGAAUUCAAGCCAUUAUAAAACGGAAAAAUCUGUUAUUGAUGGGAAUUUGCUGCCAAUUUCUACGAAUGAUUUCUCGGAGAAAAUUGGACUCCAUUCGGCGAGCUCUGGAUUCGAGAAGAAAAUUCGUGAAAACUGUCGGAGUCCUCCUUCAGGACAUAAAAAUUCGGGUCUAUCUGACGUGAAACCUAAAAGCAGCUCGUCAAAUAGGGAACAGCCUCCACCGAUCGAAAGCAAUAGCAUCUGUCCUUCAAUGAGUCAUGAAAAUGAAACGUUCACUGAACUUCCGCUCGGCGAUGCAAAUGAAAACGAAGCGGCCCUUGAACUCUCACUUGUUGAUGUACAUGAAAAUGAAACGUCCGCUGAACUUCCGCUCAGCGAUAUUCUCGAUGAGGAAAUGUCAAAUGAACUUUGGCCUAAAGAUGCUCGUAAAAAUGAAACGUCCUCUGAAUUACCACCCAGCGAUGCUUGUGAACACGAAACGUCUACUGAACUUCAACCUUGUGAUGUUCAUGUGAACGAAACGUCCACUGAACUUCCAUCAAGUGAUGCUCUUGAAAACGAAACGUCCACUGAACCUAUUGAUACUCAUGAAAACGAAACGUCCACUGAACUUUUAUCUAAUGAUGCUCUUGGAAACGAAACGUCCCCUGAACUUCCACCUAGUUUUGCUCAUGAAAACGAAACGUCUUCUAAUCUUCCACUUAUUGCUGUUCCUGAAAACGAAACUCCCGCUGCACUUCUAUCUAGUGAUGCUAGCCCAAACGGAAUGGCCAAUGAACCUACUGAUGCUCAUGAAAACAAAACGUCAGCUGAACUUCGACCUUGUGAUGCUCAUGAAAACGAAACAACCUCUGAACUACCGCACAGUGAUGGAGACGAAACGUCCACUGAACUUCCUUCUAUUGAUGCUCUUGAAAACGAAACAUCCACAGAAAUUCCAUCUAUUGAUGCUCUUAAAAAUGAAACGUCGGCUGAACUUCGGCCUCGUGAUGCUCAAGAAAACGAAACGUCCACUGUACUUCCCUCUAUUGAUGCUCUUGAAAACGAAACUGAUGCUAAUGAAAACGAAACGCCCACUGAACUUCCAUCCGUUUAUGCUCUAGAAAACGAAAAGUCCACUGAACUUCCACCUAUUUGUGCUCUAGGAAACGAAAAAUCCCCUGAACUCCCACCGAGUGAUGCUUUUGAAAACGAAACAUCCACUGAACCUAUUGAUGCUCUUGAAAACGAAGCGUCCACUGAACCUAUUGAUGCUCUUGAAAACGAAGCGUCCACUGAACCUAUUGAUGCUCUUGAAAACGAAGCGUCCACUGAACCUCCUAAUAGUGAUGCUCUUGGAAACGAAACAUCCACUGAACUUCCACCUAGUGGUGCUCCUGAAAAAGAAACGUCCACUGAAGUUCCUUCCAUAAUGGAUGUCUUGAAUGCGGAAAGCUCUCCUGAAGUUAAUGAAAAAUCAACGAAACCAAGCUUGAUGGAGACUACGGUUCUAGAGACAAUUUUUAAUUCCGAUGGAAAGCUUGAUUUGACACUUCAAGUCGAACCUGAGUUUGGUUUAAAUAAUCAAGUGAAACCUAAUACUGUUGGCGGACAAGAUACAAAUCGAACUCUAUGCAAACCAUCAACGAACUUACGGACUGAAACAAAUCUAGAGGAAAAUCAGGCAAUGAGUGAUACGGAAAGCCCGUCGGACGAUGUUAUUCCUGUAGAGGCAACUUCUACUGCCGUCCCCAUAGUCGACCCGACGACAUUUAAUUCCGAGAAGAUUGAUCAUUCUGAUUAUAAUGAAUGUCUUGGUAAUAAUAGCGUAGGUUCCGAUCAAUCAGAAAUUCACAACCGAAACAAAUUAGAGAAUAAUGCAUCUGACUUAUUGAUUGCAAGAAAGGACAUAGACGAAAAGUUUAACGGGUCUACUAGCGCAAAUUAUGAAGACUCCUCUGAAGUACCAAUAAGAGGAACCAAUGUUUCAAAUGCGCUUCUAACAGAAAACAAUCCUUUCAUCGCAAUGCCAGUGGACGGUCCUUCAAAUUUAGAAGAAAUUCAUGAUGCACUCCAUUGUGAAGAAAACGUAAACUGGGUCGCCUCUGACACGGACGCCAGUGAACCGGCGUCUGGAGCUUCAACUUCUCCGGACACUAAAAGUUGGAGGGAGCUUGAAAAGGCUGUGGCAGGAACAAGCGAAGAAAUUCAGAAGAAAUUAUUUGAUUUGGGUCAUCCGUCGGUUGAACCUGAUGCUUGUGAGGUUAGUCGUGAUUACGAAAAAGAUGAAACCGAGACCUUCGUAAGUUUGGGCAUAAAUGAAAACCGAAUUGAAGAAAAUGAAAGUAAAAUCGUGGAAAGGUUCGACCUUCAGGAAAGUGAUAACGAACAAAAUAUCGUCAUCCAGGAAAACCCGGAGUCAAACUUUGCAGACAGUGAGACAUAUUUUAGUCCGGUUUUCGACUACUCAAGUGAAGUGACAAUUUAUUCUUCAGAAGUUGAAGAGAAUCCCAGUAAAAUCAAAAUGAUUUUGCCAUCUGUUUCUUAUGAUGAGGACGAGAAUCAGACCACACCCAUUGCGGAAAGUUUAAAAAAUUCUGCCGAGACCUCGAAAAGUGGAGUAGGUAAGCGUGGUUGUGAGUCGGACCGAGAUUCAUCACGGGCCGGGCAUUUUAAACGGUCAUCGAACCGCUCAUCCUCGAGUAGCAAGACCACGAAUGAUAGGAAAAGCCGGCAAAAAAGCUCGACCAGGAACGAUGAUGGUGAAAAUGAUCUUCUUCUUGAAAAAGGUAGCAGGCAUUCACGAAAUUCAAGAACACGAAAUGAAGAAAACAAACAUUUCUUGCGAGGGAUAGAUUCAAGGAAUAAUGAAAAGAUGAAAGAAGAUAAAGUCGGCAGCCGAGGUAAGAUGGUCAAGAAAAAAUAUGACGAAAUGCCUCCAGAUCCCUCAAAAUCUUUGACUCGGUCCGGCGAUGGUAAAAAUAAAGAUGUAAAAUUCAAACAUUCAUCAGACUCUUCUGCUUCUUCUUCUAAACGAUCACGUCGAGAAAAACGUUUUUACUCCUGCUUGCCUAACCUGGGUGAUGACACUCAUUCGGAUGACGAUGAACAUCAACUCGCAAAUAUAUUACCAGUUCCCAAAAUGAAAAAAGAAGAACAUCGUAAGAAAAGAUCCUAUUCGAAAAGUAGUGGACAAGCCGCCAGCUUAAAAAAUGAAGAUGUAUUCGAGUUCUCUGAUAAAUCUGAUGAUGGUAGCACUAAUGAUGAUACCUCAGGGAGCUUCAAGGUCCGCUGUGCUGUUAAAGAACCCCGCAAAUAUUGCCUCAGGAGUGACCAAAAAUCGCGGCGGUCCAAAAGCGACGCGGUUGCUUUCGUGCCGCUACUGCGUCUAGAAGAUUCCUUGCAGUCUGGAACUUCCCGGGCUCUCCACUCCCGCGGUUACAUCGAAGUAGACAGCGUCAGCGAGAUGGCUGUUCACGAGAAAGAAAUUGAUUUUUUGCCACGAAAAGAUGUGAAAAUUAUUUUGUCACUAACUAAGAAUGAAGGGAACUCGUAUUCAAGCUCCAUAUUCGUAAAAAGACCAGAAAAUUUCGAAAGAGAGGCUGAAAAUUCCACAGAAUAUAAGAAACCGAGGCCGUUGUCGAAGCAGAAAGCUUUGAAUAAAGGAGUUUCGAAGCAACGUAAAGAGAAUGACGCGACGAAGCUGACAGCUAAGGACAGUGAAAAAGCGUUAUACCCAGAAUCUCAAGCCGAGUCUUCUGAACUUCCUCGAACCCUUAAUCCUGAACCAAUAAAGCUUAUAGUUCAGCAGAAGAGGGAUCAGGACGAUACUAUCACUUGCAGGAAUAAGUUCGACUUUAGUGACUCGGUCAAAAAUGAAAUUCAGAAAGCGUUCUCGGGAAAGGAAAUGCUGUCGGCAUCGGGAAAAAGUUCGAAAUUUUCUGUUAUGUCGCCAUCUCACGAUUCUUAUUCAGAGGAACUCAAGAAAAAGGCCUCCCGAACAAAGCAAAAGCUUGAGUCCAUUUCAACCACCAAGACGAAGAACAAGAAGAAAAGCUCUGCUAUAUGA